UAUAAACAAGUGGGAAGCUGUGAGUCUGAGUAGUUCGAUUACAGUAGCAAACGACAAAGGACACUUACUUCUAGUGAGAAGCCCCAAUCAGCUAACGAAGAUGAACAGAAUACUUUUAAGCAUAUUUGCUGUUACUGCGUGUUUUGCCAUGGGCCACGCCCUCAAGUGCUACAAAUGUGAUAUUGGGUUUUGGAACCUGUGCAUAACCACAGAGGUCACAUGUAAUGCUGGGGAGUCGUGCUUCUCCGGUGUGGGAGAGGCAGCUGCUUUUGUGCAGGUCAAAAAGAAGGGCUGCUUGGAGAACGCUCAGUGCAACAAGACGACCCAAGUCAACUUCCCGUCUGACAGCAACACAACCAUCUAUGAGAUGAAAAGCACCUGUUGUGAGUCGGACCUGUGCAACGCCGCGCCCGGUCUGCCCCACAUUAGCAUCCUGCCCCUGGCCCUGGCCACCCUCAUCACGCUCAUCACCACCAAGGCCCUGGUGUGAGACGCCACACACACACACACACACACACGCACGCACACACUUACACACACAGAGACAUCACAGAUACACACAGCAACUCAAACAUGUACACUUGCCUUGAGCCAGAUCCACCUCCUUUCCACACACACAACCACACACACACACACACACACACACACACACACACACACAUACACACACAUACACACACACACACACACACACACACACACAUACACACACACGGUUAUACACACAGAACCUUUUAACAGCUCAAAUGAUAUGGCGCUCAUACAUGACCUCACACACAUAACAUUGUGAAGAACACAUUCACACACACAAACACACACACACACACACAUUGAUUGAGAGAGGAAUGCAUAGAAGUGUUUCUCCGUCACAAUCAUAGCGCGAUGUCUUAUAUAAAUAGCCUUAAAUGCUUUCGAUGACUGUCUGCAGAUGUAUAGAACCUCCUAAUACUUAAUAGUUAAUUAAUUAGCACUCAUUGGUUUUGUGGAUGUUACAGUAAUAUUUCCCUCUACUGCUUCUGUUGGUUUUACCCACUGGAAGGGCUUUAGUAAAAAGCAGACAAGUAUUUGGGCCUGUAGGUUUUGUCUCAGAUAUCAAUGUUAGUUGGCAUUUGUUUUGUCUCCUGUCAAAUGAGCAUGCCUAAAAAAGGCUAUGUCCUUCACAUUGGAACUCAAACAUUUACUGAGAUCACAUGAAGCCAGUUUACUGAUCAUUAUGAAAGAUACAUGUAUAGAUGUUUUGAUCUUGCACCACAAGGAUUUGUGAUGGUCCUCCAUUUAGUCCAAAUGUUCUGAUAACCAAAAUAUCUGCUCAUAUAAGCAAAUGCGACAUGAAUGUUUUAGCCACCUUAAGGCUAUAUCUUAAGCAUCUCCUCAUAACUUGAUUUUAUUCAGCCAUCUUGAUGUCCUUAACGGUUUGUCUCUAAACACUCCUGUUUUCGUUGACUUUAUUUAGAUUCAUAUUUUGAAAUGUAAAUAUUUGAGUGAGGACUUAAAAUUGUUUCAAUUGAAAGCAUUUCAAAUGCAGCAUUUGUAUAAAUGCUAUUAAGCCCUUGUGUCCACUAAAAUGUCAAAGUCCUUAUACCAACAAUAAUACAUUACACCUCUAGUGCCAACCAUGUAUAUAACGUACCUAAAUUCAAUAGGACUUCAAUAGGAAUGUACAUUUCAAUGUAUAUCAAUCAGCUUCUCAAUCUGAAUGCAUUUCAUGUAUGUGCACUGAAUGGUCUUUUCUUUUCUAUUGGCUAUGGUUUUUAUAUUCCAGACAAAAGACGUAUGAUAUUUCAUAUUACCAUGUCGCGCCAUGUCAAAUGUUAUAGAUUGUUAACAAUGUUUACAAAAGCAUGAUAGGAAUCCUAGAUUUCCUAUGCUUUUGAAAUUGCCAUUUAAGAAAUUGUCAUAUAAAUAAAAAAUUCUGUUGUGCUGGAACGUGUCCUAUAUAAAUGUUUUUGCCUUACGUUGCCUUUCCAUUGAAUUGAACUUGAAAGAAUUAUAUAAUACAUCACAGGAGUGUUGGUCAUAUAUGAUUUAGAGAGCAUUAGUUGUGACUAAGCACCAGCUCAAACAAUGAGUCCCUUUUCAACAACCCCAAUACAGCUGGUCAGUCUCACAGUCUUAGGGUAGAGACAAACCUGGACUCUUUCAUUUGUUCACUGGAGUUUGCUGUUCUUUUCAGGGGCACUUUGUAAUGAUUGAUUGAAUUGGGGAAGUGAGUUGCUGAGCUUUAGUUGAUGUCGGCUAUGUCUUAACAGCUUGACUGAUGUAAGUACAACUCACCAUGUUUUACCCUUUAUUAUGUUUUAAUUUGUAUUUGUUGAUCAUUGACAACUUUUUAAUUAUUGACAUAAGUUUGGGUAUGUGAUCGUAGGAUGUGUUUUUACAAGGUGUCUCAAACUGAAUAAAGUUAUAAAGACAA